AUGUCCCGUAGGUACACGACGCAAGUUUCAAACAGAGCAUCACCUAACCUUUAUCAGGACAAAUGGGAGGCCAUAAUUGGUCUAGAAAUUCAUGCGCAAAUAUCUUCCAAGACGAAACUAUUUUCUACGUCAUCCACUUCGUUCAACGAACCUGCAAAUACAAAUGUCUCUGUGAUUGACGCUGCCUUCCCAGGAACCAUACCGAAGUUAAAUUCUAAAUGCGUUGAUCUUGCAGUAGCAACAUCCCUGGCGCUGUCAGGAAAUGUUCAAUUGAUUUCCAUGUUCGAUCGAAAGCAAUAUUUUUAUCCCGAUUUACCCGCGGCGCCAAUCUCUAUUGGUGGCAAGCUUAUGUUAACACACUUGGAUGAUCUUGACUACGAGACCGAAGUGAGGAUCAAGCAAAUUCAGCUUGAGCAGGACACGGGAAAAAGUAUUCAUGACGUGAGGCCCGUAAUGGCUCUAAUAGAUUUAAACAGAGCUGGGAUCGGAUUAAUGGAAAUUGUGACCGAACCUGAUAUAAGAGCGUCAAGAGAAGCAGGAUUAACUCUUCGAAAGCUGCAGUCAAUACUUCGCGCGGUUGGAUCUUCAGAUGGCAACAUGGAAGAGGGUUCCUUGCGUUGUGAUGCCAAUGUUUCUAUACACGAACCAGGGACCCCUUUUGGUACAAGAUGUGAGAUCAAGAAUUUGAAUAGCGUCAAAUUUUUGAUGGCAGCGAUAGAUGUGGAGAUUAAGCGACAAGUAAAUGAGUUGCGAAAUGGAAAUCCCAUCAUCCCGGAGACGAGAGGAUACAACGUCGCGGAAAAUAAGACAUUCAAAUUGAGAACCAAAGAAACGAUCACGGAUUAUAGGAUCACCCACGAACUAUACGGUCUCCUUCAUAGCAAAAAUAUUAAAUUCGCCAAGAAUCCUGUGUCAGUCGCUCAGUUGGGUUCAAUCAUCGACUGCAUUAGAAUCGGUGAAAUUUCUGGAAAGAUUGGAAAACUAGUCUUAGGAAAAAUGGUUUCUGGAGACAGGCGUCUAGCUCCUGAAAUCAUCCAAGAAAAUGACUGGAAGCAGAUAACUGAUAUUAACGCGUUGGAACUAAUUUGUCGGGACAUUCUGUCACAAAAUCCGGAAAAUGUAAAACUCGUCAAAGAAGGUAACCAAAACACUUUUACGUGGUUUGUUGGACAGGUGAUGAAAAAAACCAAGGGAAAGGCGAAUCCGCAGUUGACAAACGAACUACUGAAAAAAUUAUUGCAAUAA